AUGAACAAAGUAGAGAAGAUGCGCAGCUCGUUUCCAAAGAUUGGAUUGCUCGAGGGCCAAGGGGGUCGGGAUAUAGGAGGGGGUGUGACUUGGAGGGGGCACGGGGGUGUUCACCCCACCCCAAGCAGUGUUGAGUUUGACAGACAGCUGGAUAAAGUAGCGAUAUGGCUUGAACGCUGGGACCACGAUGAGCGAUGUUGUCUGCUGGAGUCGCUGCUGCGCAAGAGCAACUACACACAGUUCCAGUUCCUGUACACGGUGAUGCAGCCGACGCUGCACCGCGACUUCAUGUACACCGCCCGCAGCCACUUCCCCGACAUCGACUUCCAGCCCAUCAGCACUCACACCAGCAGGGAGCUCAAGGAAAAAAUUACAAGGUUGCGACAAAAUAAUUACUUUCGAGUGAAGUCAGCAUAUCUUCAACUUGAUGAUGAUGUGAAGGCCAAGUUCAAGGACACAGAAUGCAUUAAGCUGCCUCAUCUUGCCCCCCAGCAGUCCAGAUGUCAGCCAGUGAGCAAGUCAGCCCCAAGCCUGCUCAAGUUGACGUCUAAGUCAGUGUUGGCCAAGCUGCCCCAGGUACACCAGGCAGCAGUGGUGAAGUGGGGCAGCACCAGCAGCAUCAGCAACAGCACCGACAUGCAGCAACACCCUGCACAGCGCACCGACACACUCCUCAGGUUUGUGGAGAUGCCAGUGAGGCGGCACAUGCAGGACGAGACCUCGCCACGUGUCAGCAACAACGUGAGAUCCUCCCUGACCUCUGACUCCCCGAACCCGGGCAGCUCCACCACCGACUCACAGCUUCUCUCCACUGCAGUAGCAGGACCCAGGAAGAAGAGGAAGCUGAAACUUUCUUUUGCCAAAGACAAAUCAAGAACUAUCGACCAUGAACCUAAGACAAGAGUCCCCCUUCCACCAUGUCCACUGUCUGACGAGGCCCAGGAGCUGAUGUACUGGUACACAGAUGUCUGGGAUAAUACUAGGAAAAAUGAAUUCUUCCACAAAAUGCUGUUAAAAUUAGACCUGAGACAGCACUACUUCAUCUCAAACUUCCUCAUUAUCAAGCAGUACCGGGACUUCCUGGCCCUGCUGCCGGAACCCCUGGCCCUGAAGAUCCUCAGUUACCUCUCCCCCGUAGAACUCCUGCAGGCAUCCAGGGUGAACAAGACCUGGCAGAGCCUCACCAACAAUAAUGAGCUGUGGAGGUCAAAGUGCAGCGAGGUCAAGCUGGAGGUCAGGGUCAACAGUGCGCCAAUCUGGAAGAAACUGUUUCGGGACAACAUGUACCUUCGCCUGAACUGGAACAAUGGCGUCUGCCGAAAAAUAGAUCUCCAAGGACACACACAGAGCGUGUUAUCGGUGACAUUUGACGAGUCCCGCCUUGCCAGCGGGAGCCUGGACCAGACGAUCAAAUUGUGGGACAUCAAGUCAGGGGAGUUGUUACAGACGCUGAAGGGACACACCCGCGGAGUCUGGUGCCUCAACUUCUACACCAAGCAUCUCCUCAUCAGUGGCUCGUACGACUCAACAAUACGGAUCUGGAACUUGAGAAGUGGUGGUACCACUCGGACGCUACUGGGUCAUGAGGGGCCAGUGUGGGCGAUGGUCAGGAGGGGCAGCACGCUGGUGUCAGCAUCACAGGACAAGACGGCGAAGGUGUGGGACAUCGGCCGCUGUCUCUUGCUGCACACGCUCAGUGGACAUCAUGCUGCCGUCUUCGCUGUCGAUAUGACGGAAGAUGGGGCCAUCAUCGUCACAGGCUCAGCAGACAGAAGUGUCCGACUGUGGGACUGUGAGUCCGGCAAGUGUAAGAAGGUGAUAUGGGUGAGCCAGACCACCUCCAUCAUGGCCGUCAGCUUCAGCCACGGCUACCUGGCCUGCUCCUAUGGGGAGACAAUCUGUCUGUACAGGGUCAAGGACACCAAGCUAAUCAGGACCUUCCAGGAACACCGCAAAAGAGUGGAAAGUGUAGAGUUGCGGAUAGCUGAGUCCGAGACGUUUGAAGGGAUGAUUGUCAGCGCUGGUAAAGAUGGCCUCCUCAAGUACUGGGAUGUCAACAAAGAUGAGAGUAUUCAGACCUUUGUUGGCCACUCAGAGCAGGUGAACUGUAUACGCUUUGAUGAACUGAGAAUUGCCAGUGCUUCCUACGACCACAAGAUCCGAAUCUGGGACUUCAAUGUAUGAAACUGAGACUUCAGUGUAUGAAACUGAGACUUCAGUGUAUGAAACUUGAAACUUCAAUGUAUGAAACUUGAGACUUCAGUGUAUGAAACUGAGACUUCAGUGUAUGAAACUUGAAACUUCAAUGUAUGAAACUUGAGACUUCAGUGUAUGAAACUGAGACUUCAGUGUAUGAAACUUGAAACUUCAAUAUAUGAAACUUGAGACUUCAGUGUAUGAAACUUGAAACUUCAGUGUAUGAAACUUGAAACUUCAGUGUAUGAAACUGAGACUUCAGUGUAUGAAACUUGAAACUUCAGUGUAUGAAACUUGAAACUUCAGUGUAUGAAACUUGAGACUUCAAUGUAUGAAACUUGAGACUUCAGUGUAUGAAACUGAGACUUCAGUGUAUGAA